GUAUAUGUAAAUAUCUGUAAUUUCUACAAAUUUACACAUUUCCUUAUGAAAGCCAGAAUAUUGUUAGUCUAGUUUUUGAUCACUCAUUUCAUAAGGUUAAAAUUCAGUCCAAACAGAUCACUUUGUAUUUUGGACACUAAUAAUGUUGAAAAGAACAAUUUUGUGGUAUAUGACUUUUUGGGGGUUCGCGAUGAACUACAUGCUCCGAAUGAACCUAAAUAUAGCAAUAGUAUCUAUGGUUAAAACAAUACCUAAACAUGUGAAUUUAACUAAGUUUAGUCAAUGUUACAUUAGCAAAGAAGUACCUAAUAAUGAAUUUUUAAACUCAACAUUUUUAGUAAUUAACAUGAAUUCGGUUCAAAAAGAGAAUACAUUUGAAUGGGAUGAAAAUCAACAAAAUAUAGUUUUAGGAGCUUUUUAUUGGCUACAUAUAAUAAUGCAAAUUCCUGGAGGUAUACUGUCACAAAAAUAUAGUGCGAAAACAAUAUAUGGUUUUUCAAAUGGCUUUGUUGCUUUUCUCACUUGUUUCAUACCAUUAUCUGCUUAUUUUAAGUAUAGAGCUUUAGUGCUUAUAAGAAUCAUUCAGGGUUUUGUUGCUGGAGCUGCAUGGCCAGCUAUGUAUGCAUUAACUGGUAAAUGGAUACCACCAAAUGAAAGAAGUCACUUUAUGUCAGCAUAUUUAGGUUGUUCUUUUGGAACUGCCAUGACUUAUGUAACUUGCGGUUAUAUUUCAAGUUUCUUGGGAUGGGAAAUGAUAUUUUAUAUAACAGGCGCACUUGGCAUAUUAUGGUUCUUAUUUUGGACUUUGUUAGUACACGAUUCACCAGGUGAACAUCCUUCCAUUGGAAAAGAAGAACGUUUAUAUAUUGAAAAAAGUUUGGGAAGAUCUUCAGGGAAAACUCAAAUACAUCCAACACCUUGGAAAUCAAUAGUAUUUUCUGUGCCAUUGAUAGUUAAUAUUAUAUCUCAAAUUGGAGUAUCCUGGGGAAUGUAUACUUUAUCAAUUCAAGCACCGUCGUACUUUAGUUUUGUAUUAGGUUUAAAUCUAAAACAAGUUGGCAUUUGGACUGGAGUUCCGCAUUUGUUUUCUUGGUUGUUUUCCUUAGUUUGUGGUUUUGUGUGUGAUUAUUUAAUAAAAAAUAAAGUGCUUUCUACAACAAAUGUUCGAAAAUUAGCUUGCAUGUUGUGUAAUUUAGCACAAGGUCUAUUUAUUUUGGGCCUAGCUUAUUCAGGUUGCAAUCAUGUAUUAGCUAUAGUGAAUUUAGUCUUAGCUGUGGCGAUGGUGGGUGCAGCUUCUUCGGGACAAUUUGCCGGUAUAGUGGACUUAGCUCCCAAUUAUGCUGGUAUUCUACAAGGUUUAGUUGGAAUAGUCAGUAUGGGCAUCACAAGUAUUUCUCCAAUUAUUGUAGGACUAUUGACAUACCAACGAACUAUUGAACAAUGGCAACAAGUUUUUAUGUUAUCGGCAGCAUUUUGCUGGAUAACCGGCUUAAUAUACGUGUUAUUUGGAAAGUCUGAAAUGCAAUCAUGGAAUAACAAAACAAACAAACAAGAAAUUAAACCUAUGAUAUAAAGUUUUUUUUACAAUUUUGAUUAAUACAUAGCUAUAUUAACUACUUUUUAUAAUAGAGUAUGAUAAGCACAUAAAAUGUUGCAUAUUUUUAAUAGAGUUUUAAAUAUUUUCAUAAUUCAAUUAAUACGAAUAUUUUAAGUAUCUUAGAAAUUUGUAAGCAAGGCUUUUGGUAAAAGCUAAAUAUUACAUAAAUUUAUAGAAAAUGUAGAAAUUCGUGUUUAAUAAUCUAUGUUGUUAUAUUUUUUUAAUAUGUGGCUUUUUUGCGGUACAGUGAUAAAGAGAGUCUAUACUUUAUUGUUUCUACUCAUGUUUUCCUAAAAAAAAAAAAUGGAAUUAAACGUUCUUCUUUUACAGAAAAUAUAAUUUUGAAAGUCACAAAUAUUACUUAUAAGAUAUUUUAGACCGGAGAAGUUAACGUCC